UUGGUUCAGUGUAGUAAAGUAAUAAUAAACCACCAGGACACGAAAAAUUCGAAGUGUUCUUCAACAAAUUCUUCAGCUGGAAUAGUUUUCUUACGUUUUCUGUGAAAACCAUGGCCGAUCAGGAAGAAGUCAACGGUAUCGAUGAUGCUGGCGAUAAGAAACAAAAGAAAGCCUCCAAACACGAUAGCGGGGCAGCGGAUCUUGAGCGAGUGACUGACUAUGCCGAGGAAAAAGAAAUCACAUCCAAGGAGAUCACUAAUGCGGCUAAUAUGUUUGAGGAAAAGCGAAUCAAGGAAAACGAGGAAAAAUUAGCCAAAGAACGAGAACUUCAGAAAGUGCACGUUAAAAAAGAGGAUAUAGAGCUGAUAAUAAAGGAGAUGGAAAUUAGUCGGUCGAAAGCGGAGGAAACAUUGCGGGUACAUCGAGGUGAUGUUGUUGCUGCCUUGGAGGCUCUGACAAACUAGCUCUGGGAGCUUUGUCAACAAGUAACCGAUUGAACAGGUACACCUAUAAUUGCUUAUUAUGGGCUGCAAAGUUUCCAGCUAAACAAUGUGUUUUGUUACGAGGAGAUUCGGUACCAAUAAUAUAUCAGUAGGUAAUUUGA